AUGGGCUUUGUAGGAGUUAAUGGCACCAGAUUUGUGCUUUUGGAAAAUGAGAGUUUAGAAUCACCUGUGUAUUUGAAUGGGUGGAAUUCUUAUUGGUUGAUGGAGGAGAGUGUGUGGGGUCCAUCGAGAUAUAGGGUCUCUGAUAUGCUCAAGAAAGGGGCUGAAAUGGGGAUGACAGUUUGCAGGACUUGGGCUUUCAGUGAUGGUGCUCGACCCAAUGAUCUUCAGACUCAACCAGGUGUCUUCAAUGAAAGGGUCUUCAAGGGAUUAGAUUAUGUGGUAUACGAAGCUAGGAAACAUGGGAUAAGAUUAAUCCUCAGUCUGGUGAACAGUUUGAAUGCUUUUGGUGGAAAAGCUCAGUAUCUGCGUUGGGCAGAAGAAGCUGGAGAGAAUAUUACUUCUUCGACUGAUUCAUUUUUCUCUAAUCCAAUCAUAAAAAAGUAUUACAAAUCUUAUGUCAAGGCUAUUUUGACUAGAAAGAAUUCCUUUACUGGUGUCAAAUAUUUGGAGGAACCGGCCAUAUUUGCCUGGGAACUCAUGAAUGAACCUCGGUGUAAAUCCAAUUCAUGUGCUCCCGCUCUUCAGGCUUGGAUUACAGAGAUGGCUGCAUUUGUGAAGAGUUUGGACGGAAAACAUCUUGUGACAGUUGGACUUGAAGGGUUUUACAGUCUAAAUUCAACUGGGAAUUACAGAGCUAACCCAGGGGAAUGGGCAGCGUCACUGGGAUCAGAUUUUAUAAAGAACUCAGCAAUUGAAAACAUAGACUUUGCUUCAGUUCAUGCUUACCCGCACAGCUGGAUCCCAGAUGCAGAUUUAGAAGCAAAAGUAAAAUACCUUUCCAACUGGGUAGAUGCUCAUAUUGACGACAGUGAGAAUGUGCUGAAGAAGCCCGUUCUUUUUACAGAAGUUGGCGCCCUUUUAGCUACGAAGACAGGAGGAUUAUAUGAUAGUGAUAUUUUGUUGAGAAUGGUUUAUGACAAAAUUUACAAAUCUGCGAAUAAAAGGGAAGCCGGUGCUGGAGUUCUAAUUUGGCAGUUAUUGGUCGAAGGAGUUGAGGAAUAUAGUGACAAGUAUUCCUUUGUAGCUUGGAAGUAUCCUUCGACUUAUAAAUUGAUCUUAGAGCAAUCAUGCAGGCUAAGAAAUACGACUUCUCAAAGCAUAAAAAAUGGGAAAGAUCAUUAUAAAGAUCCUUGUUACGGUCAGAAAACAGGUUGA